GAUCAUCCCUUGCUCAAGUUGCUGUCCACUUUUGUCAUUCAACAAACAAAAGCGGCUGAGCGAUAAAGGAAGCGGAACCGGAUUUGUAAAAAGUGAAACAAAGAUCUCAAAUGGGCAUCUAGAAUGAUUUUCGAUUAGAAGAGAGGUGAUGUCAUUGUGAGCCAAUCAAAAAGUCAGGCUACAGGUCUUUACGAAUUCCCUCCUGUGAAGGAGUCUAAUCAGCGAGGAUGGACCCCCAGUCAAAGCAACGUGUCUUCACUGGGGUAGUUACCCAGCUGCAGGAUCAUUAUGGGAUGGUAGACCAGGAAGUUCACUUCCAGAUGAGUGUGGUGAUUGGGAGGAUCCCUCAGCUGGGAGAGAAGGUGCUGGUUAAGGCUGUGUGGGACCCUUCAGUAUCAGUAAACUGGACAGCCCAGAGAGUGCAGACUCUAAAUAACCAGCCGUUCAAGUCCCCUCCUCCUCUGCUGCCAUCUAUGGCUCCCAACCAAAAGCCAGGCAUUCUAGGAAGCAAGCCGCAACCGCUUCUCAAGUCCCCCAAGAUACCUCCACUUAUUCCCAGCAUGCAACAGAACCCACCAAAACCGGGUUUGCUGCAGCCACCUCCCCACCUCCAGUCGCCCUGGGGGCCGCAGUAUGAAGGAUGGGGCGGGGGGAACAGGAAGAGACACAAUGAGGGCAUGGGAGGGCGAAGGGGGGGACGGUGGGAGGAUGGUGGGUCUUGGGGGGGAGAUGGAGUACAUCAGAAGAGGCGGAGGUGGAGAGGAGCAUCGGAGGAGGGACUCCAGAAGAAAAGCAGCCCUCCGCCCCCCCAGAACUGCGUCCUGCUCUCCCGAUUCCCCAGAGACAGCUUAUCGUGUGACAGCUUGGAGGUACAGCGACGGUAUCCCCACCUCCCCCUUCCGGACUCCUUUUUUGACCUGCAGCUCAGCUGGACAGAGAGCUUCCCCCUUGACCAUGCCCUGAACCUCUCCGGACCCUGUGCCUUCCACCUGGGCGCUCCCCAGUCUUGCGUUGAGACCGUGCCCUCUGCCAGCUCCACCUCUGCAUAUACGGCCAAGGUGAUGUUGCUUUCCAUCCCUACUGCAGAGGAGCUGUAUCGCCAGUGUUGCAGCCUGUCACAAGACCAGCAGGAGACACAAGGGGGUGCUGUGCACCCUACAACACUUAUUAAGUUCCUGCUAGGCGUGAGCGGAGGGGAGCUGCAGGUUCUGGGAGGACACUGGUGUCCCCAUGCGGACGGACCCAAUCCAGGCAAAGACCCGUUGGUUCUGAUCCGCACUGCGGUGCGCUGUGUGAAGGAGCAAACCGGACUGGACCUUGGUCACUGCUCCCAGUGGCACAAGAUGGCAGAAUUGCGGUACCUGUGUGGGGGGGAGGUGGAAACAGUGGUGUUCUUCCUGCCGGACGUGUGGCGCAUUGUCCCCACCAUGGAGGAGUGGGCACAGCUGAGGGCCAGCUCUCAGGGAGAGCAAGAGGAAGAAACGCCCCCUCUCCCCGAAGAGCCAUCCCUGGUAGUGCACCCUUGUUCUGGGAUCACCCUAUCGACCCUGUCCCUCUCCGCCCUGCUGGAUCCCCAGAGCUCGCAGUCCCAGGACGCCUUUGAGGUGGGGCUCAUGGCGGAAUUAUUCAGUGAGAUGCUGCAGAGGGAUUUUGGCUUUCAGCUUUACCACUGUCUGUGCAGUCUGCCCCAGGACGCUGCCACACACUGCCCUCGCCCCAGGGCCGAGGAGAGUGAGGACAGUGGUACGCCCACGGCAGAUGAACCAAAGAAGAAUGACAAAGAGAAGAGAGGGUCAGGAACAAAGGACGCUAAGCAGAGGAGAGGCCGGAGGGAGAGGGAGGGGGACAGGGGGAGUGUGGAAAACCUGAAGGAAGAGGAAAAAGCAAAGGACAGAGAAGAGAGGGAUGAAAAAGGGGCAGAGGUGAAGGAUGGAGAGAGAGCAGAGACAGUGGGAGAGGAAGGGAAGACGCAUUCCGUGACGUCCGAUAAUUCAGACAGCACUUCCACCAAGGACAAUCACCAGCCCCUAGGCUGGCGCCCCGUCCUGCCCCGCAGGGUGCUGCUCUCCUGGGUGUUUUUCGACCGGCAGCUGCUGGGCAGCCUGAGGGAGCAGGACCUCCAGGACAUCCUGCUGUCCCUGGGCCUGCACCUCACCCCCGCACAGGUGCGGGACCUGGUCAGCAGGACGUUGGUGGAGGGGCAUUGUCAGUACAGGAAACUGGCUGGUCGAUGGGAAGACAUUGAGAGUACAGACCUUGCCAGCAAGGUUCAGGGAAACCGUGCCCUGUUGCCCAGCACGCUAGUAAAGGGAGGGGUGUCAGCACGGCGGGCCAGCGGGGGCAGCAGUGUCGAUGUGGUGACACACAAAGGGACUGUGCUCAAUAUCCCCAAUCUGUUGCAGUCCCUGGAGAGGGAGGAAGUGCUACGUCAAGGACUGGAGCAGCGUAUCGCCACCCUUCAGGCGAGACUGGUGGAAGCAGAGUCAGAGGCAGCGGCUCUGAGGCGCGAGCGUGGGGAGGUGUCUGCUCUGAAGGAGGGACAGGACAGCCUGAGGGAGCGGCUGGAGAGGGCGGAGAAGCGCAACUCCGCCUAUGAGAGGAGUUUGAAGGAGAAUGCUGGGCACAUGAUCGCCGUCAUUGAGAAGAUGCAGAAGCUGGUGGACAAGACCACCAGCCUUGCGGAGUCCCGGUCGGCUAGUGCAGAGAAUGUCUGAUGGACGGGCUCCGCUACAUUGACUGCAUCAGGAUGCCCACUCCUGCGGGGGCAAAGCUCACCCGCGCUAAGCUGAGACCGAGAGCGCGCGGAGGAGGGAGAUGGCGGUUAAAGCAACACCAGCGCGGAUACACACUUACAGACACGGUGCCCCAUGCAAACACACUGACACAGAACACACCCGUGCACUCUGGUGCAUACAGACACACUCACACUCCCUGAUGCAGCUAAUCUGGUGAAAACCCCUUAGGAAACAAGUAAAUGGAAAAGAGAACCCAUGGGACAAAAUGUAGAGAUCAAAAGACUGGAGUAAUCAUUUAGAUAAUACUGUUUCAUCAAUGUAGAAAGACCCUAUCUCUCACACUCAUACA